AUGUCUACUAGCAUUCUUGGGUUUCGUCCUAGCUCACAGGACUCAUCAGUUGGCUUUUGCGAGCAAUGCCAAGACCCGAGAAAUCCAUUAGCUCUCUUCAAAGACUCUCUCAUAGGGCAUCCCCAUCAGGCUUUUCGUAACGUAGUUCCAUGCAAGUUAAGCACAACAAGCACAAGUUUUUACCACCCGUUCCGUCCGUUUGUUUAUUUCGUCCGUUCUAAUCGUCAAACAUGUCAAGCAAGUUAA